ACGAGCCCGGCGCGGUGACGUCACGGGAAGAGCUGGGAGCCUCACCCAGGCUGGGCUGGUGGCGCUGUGUGUCCCGAGCGGAGGAGGUUGAGCGGGUGGCGACGGGGAUCCCAGGCAGUGCCGGGGCCCAUUCAGGAGAGGGAGCACAGCGUGGUGUGGAGUUGUUUGAAUCCAAGCCUACACCAUGCGUGAGUACAAGCUGGUCGUCCUUGGGUCAGGUGGUGUCGGGAAGUCAGCUUUGACUGUCCAGUUUGUCCAGGGUAUAUUUGUAGAAAAAUAUGACCCAACAAUAGAAGAUUCAUACAGAAAGCAAGUUGAAGUUGAUGGCCAACAGUGUAUGCUUGAAAUCUUAGACACUGCAGGGACGGAACAAUUUACAGCAAUGCGGGAUCUUUAUAUGAAAAACGGGCAAGGAUUUGCAUUAGUGUACUCCAUAACCGCACAGUCUACCUUUAAUGACUUGCAGGAUCUCCGGGAACAGAUACUUCGAGUCAAAGACACUGAUGAUGUGCCAAUGAUUUUGGUGGGGAACAAGUGUGACUUGGAAGAUGAAAGAGUGGUGGGAAAAGAACAGGGGCAGAACCUAGCAAGACAGUGGAACAACUGUGCAUUCUUGGAGUCUUCUGCCAAGUCCAAGAUUAAUGUCAAUGAGAUUUUUUAUGACCUUGUGCGACAAAUUAACAGAAAAACUCCCGUACCAGGCAAGGCACGUAAAAAGUCAACAUGUCGGCUGCUUUAAUACACAGAUACGCUGUAGCUCUGAGCCAGGUCUGAAGAACUGUUGUCGGACAGCAGUGCCAGCAUUCCAACUUAAAAUUUACCCUAUCAACAACUUCAAUGGACUUUCUUGUGGUGGUACACUUCCUGGAUGAAAGUUACAAGCUCAGAUUGUCCACCAUCAGAUCCUUUCCCAAAAUCACGAGAAAGAUCCCACUUUGAAAUGCUCUUCACGUAUGCAACUGGGAACAACGAAGCUCACAUCCAGUAUUACUGCUAACAGAGACAUUGUUGUAACGACAAUGUUUUAACGGCGUGUACUGUACUUUCACAAGCCCCUCCUUUCUAUCGGAGUGUACAAUGAAAAGCACCACUGUUUUAGCUUACAAAACAAGGAAGUCCAAAGAGCUCCAUAAUAGACUACUCCUGAUGACCUUGCAUCUUUGAUAUUCGUAGCUUCUUGUAACUAUUUUUUUCCUUCCUUUAAAGAAAUACAAGAGCAACAUCCAUUGUAUUGUACAAAGUGCUUCUCAUAAACAUCACAACUAUUGUUUCUUUUCCAUUAUUAAAUUUUAGGGAAUCCUGUGGAGAAUAGUGUUGUACUCUUUCUGCAUAGAAAGGGUCCAUGACAAAUAAAUCUGUUUCUUGUAUUAUG